AUGCAGAAUGUACUGGAUACUGUUGAUGUUAUCAUUAGUGAUGAUGCAAAGGAUUCUUGGAACUUUCUGAAUUCAAAUCAAACACAAAAUUCGAGCUCACUGUUGUUGGGUUCAUUGGAGACAAUUUCUGAAAGACUGAAUGGAACAUUUGAAAUAAAUACUAAACGGAUUCAGCUCAGGAGAACCACAUUCAUAGACUCGUUUAAGAAAGAACUAAACUCCACUGUUUCCAUAACCAUUCCAUCAACAGGCCUUGAUGACACAUUCAUCACCACCAUUCUUUUCUCCACCUUGAAUAAUGUUCUGCCAGCACGGAAUUCUUCAUUUGACUUUAGCCUUUUUAAUGACACCAGCAAUGAAACUGACACUGGAAACGCCAUCAAUGCUGCUGUUCUACUUGUCAAAAUAAAUGAAAAAAUUCGCAACGUCACCUUAAGCUACAACAAGCUCAAUACCACCCUGGAACUGGACCCACAGUGUGUCUUCUGGAAUUUUAACCUCUUAGAUAAACGUGGUGCCUGGGAUGAUGAGGGCUGUGAGUUUGUUUCAGACAUAAAUGAUACUGUAACCUGCACCUGCAACCACCUCACCUCUUUCUCCAUUCUGAUGUCAACUGAUAUCCCUGAAUCAAUCAGAAUAUUACUGGAUAUAAUGACUUAUAUUGGAGUUGGGAUAUCAAUGAUCAGCCUACUUAUUUGUCUCCUUAUUGAAGGAAUUGUAUGGAGAGCCCUAACCAAAAAUAGCACUGCCUUCAUGCGCCAUGUUGCCAUUGUUAACACAGCACUGUCCCUGCUGAUUGCUAAUAUCUGUUUCAUCAUUGGAGCCUCUAUUGCAAAGAACCCAAAAGAAAACCCAGAUGAAGACUACAAAGUGCCAGUGGGACCGUGUAGUGCAGCAACCUUUUUCAUGCACUUUUUCUAUCUUGCCAUGUUCUUUUGGAUGUUUGUUUCAAGCCUCCUGCUCUUAUAUCGAACAGUCAUGGUCUUCUCCCAAAUGUCCAAAUGGGCCAUGUUUGCUAUUGGCUUAACUGUGGGAUAUGUUUGCCCUCUGAUUAUAGCUGUUACUACAGUUGCUGCCACUGCACCUGGGAAUGGAUACGUGAGGGAAGAUCAGGCUUGUUGGCUAAACUGGACGGAGACUAAGGCCCUCUUGGCCUUAGUGAUCCCUGCCUUGACCAUAGUUGUGUUCAAUAUUUUGGUAAUAAUUGUGGUCUUGUACAAGAUGCUGAGAAGAAGAAGUACGGGAAACACAGCCCAGGCAGAUGAAAAACACGCCUUGGUAGUCAUUAUCAGAUGUGUGGCUAUACUAACUCCUUUAUUCGGACUGACCUGGUGUUUGGGAAUUGGAACCAUGUUGACCCCAACAAAUGAAGGGAUCCAUAUUGCCUUUGCUUUCUUCAAUUCACUCCAGGGUUUCUUCAUUUUAGUGUUUGGGACAUUAUUUGACUCCAAGAUCCGUUCUCUUAUUUUACGAAAAGUGCCUGCUUUAAGCUCUACUUCUAAUCGAACAAGGAGCACAAGUGCUGGGAUUUCCUCCAAUAGCGGACUAAAUAUCAUAAACCGCCUUCGUGGGAGGAAUAUUUACAGAGUUACACCGGUGGAUGCUGAACUGGAGGCCCUCAUCACCAGUGGCGUGCUGGAGCCAGUUGCUAUCAGUGAGUGGGCUACGCCUAUUGUUCCGGUGGCUAAAAGAAACGGAGACAUCCGUAUCUGUGGCGAUUUCAAGACUGCUGAUGGUCGCAUGUGGAGGAGGCAUGUCGACCAACUCCUACAGAGUUCAGUGCCAACAUCCACACCGCCUCCCAUGGUUGACAGUGGGGAGGUCCAGGAAGACGAGGGUGUGGACACCGUGGCAGCUCCUGGGGAGGAAGUGUACCGGGGCCUUCCCGUGAGCGGCGGUAUCCAGAAAGAGAGCGACGGGCUCCCAAACUUUAAUCGGGAGCAUGACGAGUAA